AUGGCCUCAGGUGCAGUUGAGGACAUGAGGGAGGAAGCCACCUGCCCCAUCUGCCUGGAGCUAAUGACUGAGCCAGUGAUGAUAGAGUGUGGACACAUCUACUGCCAUUCCUGCAUAAUGAAAAAUCUUGAGAACCAGCAACAACAGUCACCGUCAGUGGGAAACUUCCAGUGUCCUGUAUGUAGGGCACAGUUUGAAAGGAAGAACAUCCGGCCCAGUAAGCAGCUAAGAAACCUCAUAGACAUCAUUAAGAAGAUGGAGCAGGAAAAUCUGUGUGAAGAACACGGAGAGAAGCUCAACCUGUUUUGUGAAGAUGAUGGUCAGCUCAUCUGCUGGUGUUGUGAGCGGUCAACACAGCACAAAGGGCACAGAACAGUCCUUGCUGCUGAUGCUUGUCAAGGCUACAAGGAAAACUUUCAGAAAUCUUUGACACACCUGAGGAAACUAGAAGAAAAAAAUAAGGAAUGGCUAGGAAACAUAAGAGAGCAAAUAACAAAUUUUCAGGGUUUUCACAUGAUCCUAGAAAUGGAGGAGAAAUCAUAUCUAUGGAGACUGGAGAAUGAAGAAGAGCAAGUUCUGCAGAGACUGAAAAACAGUGAAACCAAGCUGGAGAAGCAAAGCCAGGAACUGAACAAACACAUCCAGGAACUGGAGAGGAAAUGUCAGGGCUCAGCCCAGGAUUUACUGCAGGAUGUAAGGAACACUUUGGAGAGGAUUUCUGCUAUGCGGUUAAAUGCACCAGAGGAUGUCUCAUUGGAUACUCACAGUUUGCCUCAUCUUGAUAGCAUUUUCUCUCAAUUGUUCAAAUUGUUUGAGACUGAUAUUGUUACACUUACUCUGGAUCCAGAUACAGCUCACAACAAUCUAAAGGUGGACCAGGAUGUAAACACCGUGUUUGGUGGCAGGCCCCAAGUGAAACAGGACACUCCUACUAGGUUUAAAGACUUACCCUGUGUCCUUGGAUGUGAGACCUUCACCUCUGGAAAAUAUUACUUUAAAAUACAUUUUCAACAAGGAUCUUGGUGGGAUAUUGGAGUUUGUCUGGAAAAUGUGCCAAGAGACAAUGACAUGAGACGGGAUCCUGAGUCUGGAUUCUGGGCCAUCAGAUAUUGUAGAGAUGAUGGCUCUGUAGCUCUUACGUCACCCGUAACUCCUCUUUUUCUGAAGGAUGUUAGUUUUAUAGGGGUUUUCCUGGACUACGAGGCCGGACUUGUUUCAUUUUACGAUUUGGAUACUGUCUCCCACAUCUUCACUAUCCCAAAGGCCUCUUUCUCUGAACCUAUCAAACCUUAUUUCUGUAUUGAUCCAGAUACAGCUCACAAUGACCUACACGUGGACGAGGAUGAAAACACAGUGAUUGGUGGACGACCCCAAGUGAAGCACGACACUCCUACUAGGUUUAAAGACUUACCCUGUGUCCUGGAAUAUGAGGUCAUCACCUCAGGAAAACAUUACUUUGAACUAUGUUUUCUAGAAGGAUCUGAGUGGGAUGAUGUAAGGAACACUUUGGAGAGGAUUUCUGCUAUGCAGUUAAAUGCACCAGAAGAUGUCUCACUGGAUACUUACAGUGUGCCUGAUAUUGAUAGAAUUUUCCCCCAAUUGUUCAAAUUGUUUGAGACUGAUAUUGAAAAUCUUGAGAACCAGAAAAUGAAGUCACCUUUCUGGGGAAACUUCCAGUGUCCUGUAUGUAGGGCACAGUUUCAAAGGGAGAGUAUCCGGCCCAGUAAGCAGCUAGGAAACCUCACUGACACAAUUAAGAUGGCGGAGCAGGAACAUCUGUGUGAGGACCACAGAGAGAAGCUCAGCCUGUUCUGUGAAGAUGAUGGUCAGCUCAUCUGCUGGUGUUGUGAGCGGACAAAACAGCACAAAGGGCAAACCACCAUCCUUGCUACAGAUGCCUGUCAAGGCUACAGGGUGAGUACUGCCCAGAGUGCUUCACCAAGUACCCCUUCCUCUUUUGCAUCCAUGGACCUGAAAUAA